AUGGGUCGUCCAGACGGUCCUCGCGACCCCAUCGCCGGUGCCGAUACACCACAGCCACCUUUCCCAAUAAAGCUCCGGGGGCCAGUAGUCAAGGGCUUCGGACGAGGAAGUAAAGAGCUAGGCAUACCAACUGCCAACAUUCCUCUCUCUGGCCUAAGCAUAGGCGGCCACGACGAGCUAGAGUCUGGCAUCUACUAUGGCUGGUGCACACUCGACACAUCUUCCAUCGCGUCCUCCACAACUUCUUCGAGCGUACCGAGUGCCACGGACGAUACCUCUGUCCCUAGCAAAUCCUCCUCGCACGCCGUCUUGGACCUCGAAUACUCCUCCGAGACUCCCACACCAUCGACUAUCUACCCGACUGUACUGUCGAUCGGUUACAACCCGUACUACAAGAACACACAACGCAGUAUUGAGAUUCACAUCUUACAUAACUUCAAACAAGACUUCUAUGGCGCGAACCUCAGUUUGAUGAUACUGGGAUUCAUACGGCCGGAGUACGAUUACGUGAGUAAGGACGCGUUGGUGGAGGAUAUCAGAGAGGAUAUUAGGGUUGCACAAAGGAGUUUAGCAAGAGAGGGGUACAAAGCUUGGAAGCAGGAUGAGUGGUUGAAGGGUGGUGAGGAUACCAAGAUCAACUGGAAUCAAGCUGGGCAGAAGGACGGGCUGGGAAUGUCGCAGAUGAUGAACUAG